AUGACCAGAUACUCGACAAAACGGAAACACCGUAGCAAUGGCAAUCACCAUCUCUACCGAACUCGUGUGUACGGAAGAGAUUUGGAUCAAAUUCACCAAGACUUGGUUGAGCCAGAAAAACAUGAAAAAAAGCCUCUAGAUCCUGACCUACCUGGCUUGGGACAGCAUUACUGUGUUGAAUGCGCUCGUCACUUUGCCACUGAUGAAGCGAUGCGUCUCCACAAGCGAACCAAAGUUCACAGACGUCGUUUGAAAGACUUAAAAGAGCCUGCAUAUUCACAAGAAGAAGCAGAGGCUUCUGUGAAUAUUGCUCAUCCCAAACCAGGUACUUCUUCCGAUGUGAAUCAGAAUAAGGAACCCCAGGCAGUCAUGGCAGAUUAA